AUGCUUUCUUCCACUGUUUUUUCCGCUGUUUUAUCUUUAGCCCUUUUAUCCAAUGAGGUUUUGGCCACACCACCAGCUUGUUUAUUAGCUUGUGUAGCUCAAGUUACUAAAUCAUCAUCUAGUUGCAAUGCUUUAAAUGACGUCACUUGUAUAUGCUCCAAUGAAGGUGCUUCCAUCAAGAGUUGUUUGGACUCUAUUUGUCCAAACGGUAAUGCCGAUGCCGCUUAUUCUGCAUUUAAAUCUUCAUGUGCUGCUCAAAACGCUUCCAUUAAUCAAGCUAGUUCAUCAUCCUCUGUUUCUUCCACUUCUACCAGCUCUUCCAUUUCCUCUUCCUCUUCUUCUUCUACUACUACUACUAGCUCUUCAUCCGUGGUUCAUUCUUCUUCUACUGCUGUUGAAACAACCUCCUCUAAAGUAACUACUUCUUCCACUUCCACUUCAACCUCUAUUUCUUCCACUUCUACCACUGUCGUUUCUUCUACUCUCUCUUCCUCUUCUUCUUCUACACAAAGGUUUACUGUUUCCGAAAUUCAUUCUGGUGCUGGUAACUUCUUACAAGCAGGUAACUCUUUCGUUGUUGCAGCAGUUGCCGCUUUAUUAAUCUGA